AUGAUUUCGCUCAAGGGCCUUUUAAUCCUACUCAGUCUUCCAAUCAGAUUACUUUUAGUAAUCAUCAAAUACCCAUUCUUCGGCGGAGCCAAUGAAAAAUUUAAAAACAGUUUAAUCAAUUCAUUAAAAUUGCAAGUACUCCGUCUUGGUUCAGUCUUGUCAGUCAAGGAUUCCCUUUAUGUUGGAAUCAUGAGUAAUUACUUCAUUAUCAACAAAUUUUUGAAACUUUUAUAUCCAGGAUUGACUAAAUUGAACAACUAUGGAAAGAGAUUCGAUAAACAAAGUAUUUGGCUUGUUGAAGCUGAGAACAGAUCCAAGUCGGAUCCAGUUAUCAUUUAUUGUCAUGGAGGGGGAUACUUUUUAGAGACCCAACCAUCACAAAUUGAAUCAGUUUUGAGUUUUUAUCACUUACUUGAUGUGGAAAAGAAAAAGAAAACUUCGGUUUUAGUACAAGAGUAUGGGUUAGCCGGAAGAGGCUCUCUCAUUGGUUCUCAAUUGUAUGAAUUGGUUGCUACAUAUGAUAAAUUGGCAUCAGAGGGUAAUGAUAACAUUGUAUUGAUGGGUGAUUCGGCAGGAGGAAACUUGGUAAUUGUUUUAUUACAAUAUUUGAGACAACAAAAGAACCCCAAAUUGCCAUGGCCAAGAUCAGCUGUAUUGAUCAGUCCAUGGGUGAAAAUUGUUCCAGAUGAAUAUCAAAUCACUCCUGGCCAUUCAUUCCAUGAGAAUAAACACCGUGAUAUGAUACAAGCUCAUAUCUUCACAGAAGAACGUCGCGUUGAACUACUUGGUGAUACCAAUCAUGCUGAUCUUUUGAUUUCACCAGGAAAUCUCGAAUACAACCCAAGUGACUGGAGUGAUAUUCCUACUUUGAACGGCAAGGGGUAUUCAACAUUCAUUCUUGUGGGUGAACAUGAAAGUUUCCGUGACGAUGUAUUAGAAUGGGCUAAACAUGCAGUCAACUCUCCCUUGGUCUCACAAAAGCAUGAUUCUCGUGGAAGUUUUGACUCCAAGGUCCAUGAAUACAAGACUGAUGGUAAAAAUGAAGCUUACGUUGAUAUUGCCGUUGAACCAUGGGGAGUUCAUGAUUCUGUCUUGUUUUUUGAAAACACCAUUAUCAGAAAAUUGAAGAAGAAUCCAAACUUGCAAGUAAAAAGUUUGGACAAAGUAGAGUAUUUUGGUGUUACUAAAAUUGUUGAUUUCUUGAACAAGACAUUGGUUGUUGGCGAAGAAGCAAGGAAAUUGAAUACUGUUAAUACAACACAAACAACGAAAGCCAAUGGUAAGGCAGUUAACGAUGAUGUGAAAGUAGUUGUUGGAGACGUGAAUAAUGUUGUCAAUGGGGUCAAGGCUUGA